AUGUCUGUGGAGUACAGGAUUGUCCUGCUGGGAGACAGCAGAGCUGGGAAAAGCAGCCUAGCAAACAUCAUGUUUGGAGAAGAUGUGUUCAGGGUUGAUAACACUGAAUGUCAAGCUGAGUCCAAAUCUGCCGAUGGAAGAAGGAUCACCCUGAUCAACACUCCUGAUUUCUCUGCCCCAGGUAGAUCAGAGGAGGAGCUGAAGCCUGAAAUAUUGAGGUGUAUCACCGAGUUUCCUCCUGGGCCUCAUGCUUUUCUCAUUGUGCUCAAUCUGAAGAAAUCUGCAGAGCAGCAACAGGCCAUCACUCAGAAGAUAUGUCAAUAUUUCUCAGAGGAAGCUUUCAAAUAUGCUGCAUUUGUCUUUACUCAAGACGACCAGGUCUCAGAAGAAAUGAAGACUAAAGAAUUCAUAGACAAGAAUAAAUGUCUGAGUGAUCUGGUGAAGAAAUGCAAGAGCCAAUACCACUUCAUUAAUAAAUACAACCAACAAGGUGACAACAUCAACAACUUGGAGGUACUUCUCAACACAGUUGACCAGAUAUACAAAGAAAAUAAAGGAAGGUGCUACACCACUGAGAUGUUGCCACAAGGAGACACCUGCAGUAAGGCUAACAACAAGUAUUUGAUAGCAACUGUGGGGGGCCCACAGAUCCACCCCCCAGGACACGCGGACGGCAUGAGGAAGAUUGGAGCUACAUACACCCAGCGGCCCCCCAAGCACAGAGCCCCUGGAGCUCCCCACAGGGACAACCAGAUCCCCUGGGCCAAAGUUUAA